CCUUUAUUUUUUUCCACCUGCGUCUUCCAAUACGGACUCGUUUUAUUCCUGUUAUCAGAUGAGUGAUGCAACUCCUAACGAAGAUGACCAUCGAACUACUAUAGCAAUGAUGGAUAGUAGAAACAACGACACAAUAUCAUCAGAAAAACAGUACGGGACUUCUUCUGAUAGAAGAGAACAAUAUCAUUACGAGGUUUCCCAUGUUGAAGCUAGUAGUGAUAAUGGCUCAUUUGCAGGAAGACCGCCUAUUUUACUUGAAGAAGCUGAUGGUCAUAAAAAGCAGAGCAAAGCAAAACGCCUAGUCCAUCAAUACAGAGCAUAUAUACACUUGAUCAUAUGGCUACUGUUAACUGGUUUCUUGUGCGCUGCUUAUUCUUUACAGAUCAAGAAGGGAUACAAUCAAGAGCUUCUCGUAUUAGGUAUCAUUUACCUCUACAUAUCACUCUAUCUUUUAUUCAAGCAUGUUUCUAUACCUAUCAUUAAGCAACUGUGGGAUAGAGCAGCAUCAGUCAUUUGCUCACGCCUUCAUGAGAGCGCACCAAGCAAAGUACGUACAUGUGUAUAUGGAUGCAUUGUCGUUGCAGUCAUUGUGGCAAUAGUGUUCGCUAUGCCUGAAAAAGAAGAGUCGAAAAGAGUACAAAGACUCAUUCCGUGUUUAGGUGUUUUGGUAAUUCUCUGCAGUAUUUAUGCCACAUCAAAACAUCGCAAAGCCAUCAACUGGAAUACGAUUAUCACAGCCUUUAUGUUGCAGUUUUUCGUUGGUUUUUUUGUAUUUAAAACAUCUGUAGGCCAUGAUUUAUUCCAAUGGAUAGCAGUUUUUGCUGGGGGCUACUUGGAUAAAGCUCUGUUUGGGGCAGAAUUUCUGUUUGGAAAGGCAGCCAUUGACGCAAAUACAUUUGCCCUGAACGUGAUCCCAGCUAUGGUAUUUUUCGCAUCAACAGUGCAAAUUUUAUACCAUUUGGGAACAAUACAAUGGGUUUUAUCAAAAGUAGCCGUAGUGUUUAUAGCUAUUCUGGGAGUUUCUGGUGUCGAAUCCAUUGUUGCUGCAUCCACCCCAUUCUUAGGUGCUUGUGAAAAUGCUUUGUUGCUGCGGCCUCUUAUUGUUAAGUUCACCAAGUCAGAAUUCCAUCAGCUCCUCACUUGUGGAUUUGCUACUAUAUCAGGAUCCAUGUUAUACGGUUACAUUGCAUUAGGUAUUUCCGGCCAAGCCUUACUGACCUCCUGCAUUAUGUCUAUACCUUGCUCUAUUGCCGUAUCAAAAUUACGAUAUCCAGAAACAGAAGAAUCUGUUUCGAAGUACGGCUUGAGCAUUCCUGACGACAAGAAAAAUCAAACCCACGGUAUAUUGCAUGCUAUCGGCGUUGGAGCCGAGAUAGGUAUGCAUAUAUCGCUUGUUUUGGCGGCCAAUAUCAUUGCAAUAUUAGCUUUGCUGCAAGCUACAAAUGCAUUGUUGACGUGGCUAGGGAAUUUUGUCAACAUCCAUGAGCUAACACUCGAGGUGAUAACAGGAUAUAUAUUUGUACCGAUUGCCUGGUUGAUAGGAACAGAUACUAAGGACAUAGUAAUUGUGGGAAGAUUAAUGGCUGUAAAGAUUUGGUCAAAUGAAUUUCUUGCCUAUCAACAAUUGGUGAGCAUUUACAAGGGUCAAUUGUCAACUAGAUCAGAAAUCAUUGCAACGUAUGCCUUAUGUGGUUUCGCCAACUUUGGCACUGUCGGUAUGCAAGUGGGUGUUUUAAGCGCAUUGGCACCGUCAAGAUCAGCUGAUGUAACUGAAUUAGUAAUAUCGGCUCUGAUUUGCGGUUCAUUUAGCACUUGGUUAUCUGCUGCAAUAGCGGGCAUGCUCAUAUGAUACGCUCUCAAUUAGAUGGACUUUGUUCUCUUAAACAUAAAAACCUAAAAGGUCAACCCAUUGUUUACUCUUUACCAAACAUUAUGUACACCCUUUGCCAAAAUAAUAGUAUAAUAUUUGUACUUAGGCCUAUGUUUUGUUAUAUAUUGUACAUAAUCUAUAUUAGAAGCAGUAUAUAUAGGCCGAGGUAGAAUGCAUACUCUACCUGGUUGUACGUACUCGAGUAUUGUAGUUGUUAUCUCAUCAAAAACGUCACAGAUGUUAGUAGCUGAUGCUCAGGAGG